CCGGCGGCGGGGGGCGGGCGUCAGGGUCCGGCGGCGCAGGGCGGGGGGCGCGGGCCAAGCAGGAAGUGCAGCGAGAAGCGGCCGCCGCAGGUUGGGCCGCAGUUGGGCCCCGCGGCCGCACAGCGCCCGACUCUGCCUUUAACCCCACCAUGGGUGACAUGAAGACUCCGGAUUUCGAUGACCUCCUGGCGGCGUUUGACAUCCCCGACAUAGACACCAACGAGGCCAUCCACUCGGGACACGACGAGGCUGAGGCUCACAUCAAACCGGUGCCCGGUGAGCCGGGGCCACCCGACCACGUCCUGCCCCACACCGACAUCACUGCUGUCAGUGUCAUUGUAAAGAACACGGUGUGUCCUGAGCAGCUGGACACGCUGGAUGGGCGCAGUAAGGAUGGGCAUGGCCUCGGCUCCCGCCUGCUGCAGAACGGCUUUGGGGCGGCCGAGCUGCCCAGGUCCCCCGCAGCCAGAUCUGUGGAAGCUGUGGCAUCCUCCAACGGGGAGUGCUGGGUGAAGGAGAAAGGCCCCAAACCCCUGGAUAUCUUCUCCCAUUUUAGCCCCGAUCCCAAUGAAGAUAACGCUGCCAACCUGAUCGACAGAGCUCGCGAGUGCAAACCGAAGGACAAGUCCUUGGCCGUGCCCUCACUCUCCCCGUCUCCCACCCCAUCACUGGACUGCAAGGAGCCCCGGGGGGAGAGCAUGGAGGGCCUUCCCCCCACCUUCCCUCAGCCCUUUGAGGGCAGCCAGGCCGGGGCUGUGAGCGGGCAGCCUCCAGCUGUGCCCUGCAUCAAGAAAGAGGAGUCUGACUCUGAGGAGGUGGCCCGUGAGUCCAACCCAAAGGCUCUGUCUGCUGCUCUAGGCGAGAGUCCCCUGGAGCACCUGAAAUCUGUCACUGUCCGCUACUCCGCAGGCGAUUCUCCCAUCACAUCCUGGCCUGUUUCUGACCCCAGCCUGGGCAGCAGCGCCAGCAACCUGCCCGAGGUGAAGCGCUCUCCCAGCAGCCCCCGGGAGCCCUUCUUUAAACCUUCCUCUCCCGUGGUGCAGAGCCCCAGAAUCCCCCCUUCUCCAAAGCAGAUGGACGACGUCACCCUCAAGGAGGAGCGCGAAGCUCUGGAGAAGUCGAUGGGGAGCCCACAGAGUAUGUCCAGCGCUGAGGAGGAGGAGGAGGAGGAGGAGGAGGAAGGCAACAACAACGAUUCCCCUUCUUCCAACUCCUCCCGGCCACUGAAAGUGAGGAUCAAAACCAUCAAGACGUCCUGUGGGAGCAUCACCCGCACAGUGACGCGCGUCUCGUCCGACUCGGAGCCCGGCUCUGCCAAGGGUUCGGCUGAGCAGAGCUGUGAGGACGCUGCUCUGGAGGCGGAGAAGGAGGACAGCAUCGCGCUGGAGGUGCCCCAGGAGAAGAUGGAUCUCUCCAGCCCCUUGAAAGCCAUCGAGGGGCCCAAAAUCGUCAGUGUCCAGCUCGGCAACGGCACCAAGAUCAAAGGCACCGUGCUGCCUGUCUCCACCAUCCAGAGCGCCAGCAGCGCCAUGCUGAUCGCCGCCAGCGUGGCACAGCAGAAGUCCGUGGUGCUGCCGGCCAAGACGGGCAAAGCCGUGACCAAGAACAUCAUCAACCUGGUUCCUCAGGCUCUGCCCAAGGCCGACACGCGAACCAACGCCAGCCCCGUCACGCAGACCAGCGCCGUCACCACCACGGCCAACCAGAAGCUAAACGGCACCACGGUGGUGAUGGUGCAGCCGCAGAAACCCUCUCCGACCGUGGCGGGCACCGUCAUCUCCCGCAGCCAAUCCAGCCUGGUGGAGGCCUUCAACAAGAUCCUCAACAGCAAGAACCUGCUGCCCACCUACAAACCCAACCUCAGCCCCCCGGCUGAUGCCAGCCUGGCGCUGCCCCCCUUCGGGUACCGCUGCCUGGAGUGCGGGGAUUCCUUUGCUCUGGAGAAGAGUUUGGCUCGUCACUAUGACCGGCGCAGCAUGAGAAUCGAGGUGACCUGCAACCACUGCACCAAACGCCUGGUCUUCUUUAACAAGUGCAGCCUGCUGCUGCAUGCCCGCGAACACAAGGACAAGGGGCUGGUGAUGCAGUGCUCCCACCUGGUCAUGAGGCCCAUCGCUUUGGAUCAGAUGAUCGGGCAGCCGGACAUCACCCCGUUGGUCUCUGUGGCUUCUUUUCCUGCUGGCAAAGUGGCCGGUGUGACUCAGGAUGCUCUGAGUGCAGCCAAUGGGGCUCCAGAGCUUCCCAUCCUGCCCCUGAGCAGCAGCGGCUCAGAGCAGAGCAACUACAGCUGCUUCAGGUGUCUGGAGUGCAAGGAGCAGUGCAAGGACAAGGCCGGGCUGGCUGCGCACUUCCAGCAGGUGGUGGCCUCAGGGACCACCAGCAGCACGGUCUGCACCACGUGUCCCAUGAUCAUGUCCAACCGCUGCAGCUUCAGCGCCCAUCAGCGGAUGCACAAGAACCACCCGCCCCAUGUUUGCCCCGAGUGUGGGGGGAAUUUCCUGCUGGCCAACUUCGAGACCCACCUGAAGGAAUCUUGCCUGCACUUCUCCCGCAGAGUGGGAUACAGGUGCCCCAGCUGCUCCGUGGUGUUCGGUGGCGUCAACUCCAUCAAGUCUCACAUCCAGACGUCGCACUGUGAGGUGUUCCAUAAGUGCCCCAUCUGCCCCAUGGCCUUCAAAUCUGCACCCAGCGCCCACGCGCACGUCUACACACAGCACCCCGGCUUUGGCAACCAGCAGUCCAAGAUGAUCUAUAAGUGUGCCAUGUGUGACACGGUGUUCACCCACAAGCCCUUGCUCUCCUCUCACUUUGACCAACAUUUGCUCAACCAACGUGUCAGCGUCUUCAAGUGCCCGGAUUGCCCGCUGCUCUUUGCACAGAAGCGCACCAUGCUGGAGCACCUCAAGAACACCCACCAGCCCCCGAAGCCACGGGAGGAGCCGGCCAAGAAGGCGGCGCUGCUGCUCACCCCAAAGCAGGAGCCCAUGGAAACCCCCGUCCCCAAAAUCUCCGAUGAAUCCUCAUCCUCCACGGAGGAGGACGACCCCCCCAGCUCCCCGGAGCUGCGUAAAGCCAAACGCAGCCGCUUCCAACGCAAAGCAACCAGCAAAUCCAAGGGCAGUGGCUGGACCUGUGGCGUCUGCCACUCGUGGUUCCCCGAGCGUGACGAAUACGUGUCCCACAUGAAGAAGGACCACGGGAAGUCGGUGAAGAAGUUCCCAUGUCACCUGUGUGAACGUUCCUUCUGCUCCGCUCCCAGUCUGCGCAGACACGUCCGCGUCAACCACGAAGGGAUCAAGCGCGUCUAUCCGUGCCGGUUCUGCACAGAGGGCAAACGGACCUUCAGCAGCCGCCUCAUCCUGGAGAAGCACAUCCAGGUGCGACACGGCAUCAAAGUGACCGACCAGACCAAGAGCCAGGAGGUCAUCAUUGCACGCAUCGGGGCUGGUGCCAUGCAGGUUCCUGGUCGCAAGAGGAAGCUCUCCUCGGACGAUGGGGAUUCGUGCAGCGAGGAGCCCGACAGUACCACCCCCCCCUCCAAGACCCCCAAAGGUGACCGCAAGGUUCCCUUCCGCUGCCGCAAGUGCGGCUACGUGGCCAGCAGCGCCGCCGACUUCCAGGAGCACAUCCCGCAGCACCGGACUGACGAGAGCUCCCACCAGUGUCGCGAGUGCGGGCUCUGCUUCACCUCCCAGGUGUCCCUCAACCGGCACCGCUUCAUCACCCAUAAGAAGAAGAAGGGGGCGGCGGAGGUGGAGGAGCCAGGACCCCGCAGCCCCAUGGAGGGAGCCCCGCACGCGGCCGACGGGGCACUGUCCUGCACUGUCUGUGGCCGCAGCUUCGACAGUCAACUCAACCUCAAGACACAUUUCCGCACGCACGGGAUGGCCUUUAUCCGCGCACGGCAGAACGCCAGCCCCGAGAACUGAGCGGCACGGCAAAUUCGGGCCGAACAGAACCACGUGGGGGCAGAUGGAGCCCUCGGAACCUCAUCCUGCACCUCGGGGGCAGCGCGGUGCAAAGGGGCAGAUGGAGGCACCGCUACAAGACGUCUGUGCCAUCCCAGCACCGAACCUGGACCACCGCAUCCAACCAGAACCGCCGCAUCCAACCAGAACCGCUGCAUCCAACCAGAACCGCUGCAGUGCCAGGGAAUGAGCACAGGGAGCGGCAGCUGAGAUGGGGCACUUCCAUCAUUCAACACUGGACUGCAGCCCCGCAUCCCCAGCAGCUCUGCCCACAUUGUGCUGCGCAGGAUGGGGGGGAUUUAAGUGCAUCAUCGUGGCGAGAUCCACCUCGUUACGAGUUGGCUCUUUCCAUCUCUAAGGAUGUGGAGCUGGGCUUGAAGGGGGUAGAAGCGGCCCCUUUCAGCUCCGCAGAGACUGCGGUCACCGCUCAGCCCUACGGCUGCUUUAAUAAUGCCCACCCCCCCAAACCUCGGCCCACAGCGCCCACGUGUGCAGCAGCACUGCGUCCUCCGGGUUGGAUCGGAACCGGCUGCAGCAGCAGCAGCUCCUCAUUCCAUCCCGGCACUGCAGGGUCGGGGCGGCCGUUUUACCCCCCAUCUCCAUCCCCGGGUGGGGGAGGAUCCGCGCUCACUCUGUGUACAGUUGUACCAUAGACACUAAAAGCGAUGAGCAAAAAAAGACCAGACAAAAGAAGAACUACUGUUGUGAUUCGGGUAUUGGGGGGGGAGGGUUUGCUUUUAUUAUUUUCAGGGGGUGUUUUUGUUUUUUUUUUUAUGGGGGGGGUGCUACUUUUGUUUUUUGUUUCGUUGUUGUUGUUUUGGUUGCGGCGGCCUCAGCUCCUCCAACCCCCCCCCCAUGGCCAUAGAGCAGAACCUAAUAACCCCCCCACACUUUUGAGAAGGAAACGACCCGCAAACGGCCCCGCGACCCCCCCCCCCCAACGCGUUCCUCAUCCCCCAAUCAUUGCACUGUGAUGUUCCCCCCAAACAUUGCUCUGUGAUCCCGAAUCGCCACUGUGGGGUUUCCCAGCACUUCAGUGCCUUCAGAUGGAUUUCUGUAAGCGGUGUGGGGCCGGGUGGGGGAAAAGUUGGGUGGGGGGGGGUCAGGGGUUGGGGGGGUGUUGGUGAGCGUUGUGUGUGGGGUUGUGAUUCUGCUUCAGUAACGCUACGGGCACUGCAGAGGCUCUCAGGUAUCCUUUAUUCUUGUAGUCAUAACGCAAUUAAACUUUUAGUGGUUUAACCCUU